AUGCUGAGCCAUGAACAAGUAGAAGCACUAAAAGAACUCAUCGCCGAUAAGGUGGAUGAGAUUAAUGAAAACGGAGAGUACCACCCACUUUUUGAAGGCGUAAGCUAUAAAAUAGGGAGAGAUGAGAGUAAAUUUGAAGCAUUAAGAAAAAAUUGGGUAUGUCCCAAAUGUGAAAAGGCCCGGAAAAAUAUCCAACCGACAGGUAAGUGCUCUAGCCCCCCAAGAUCGGCUCUACAACAACUAACUGUCGACGCCACAUCCCAAUUGCUACUUUCUGCCAUUAAAGAUCUUACAGAAGAAGUCAAGGUAUUAAAAUUCUCCUUCGAUGCCAAUGCUAACAAGGUGAAAUAA